AUGGAGCUGAAUAAAAGUUCAGAAAUGAUCUUUUCGGACCAAAGAAGCAUCAAAUUCGAAGGAAGAGAUUCUAAAUUUAGAAUCGUCUCAUUAGUCUUACUGGCUGUCGGAGUAAUCUUUCUCGUGGUGGGAAUUGUGCUAACCGUAAUUGCAUUAAAAGAGAAGGAUGAGAAAACGCAUGAUUCAAACAUCGCAAAACGGGAGACUUCUCUGUCAGGUGGAUGCGACGGUUCAGAAGAAGCUAAACGAAUUGGCCUCGAUGAAUUCCUUAGUCGAGUUCAGGCAACAUAUUACGAACUUCAUCCUUACGAUGUGUUUCAAGACCCAGACGUAAAAACAGAGACAGUCAAGGCAGAAUACGUUGCUUACGAUCCAACACCAGCCGUCAUUAAAACCCGCACGGAUAAGUCUUUGGCUUUGCUGAAAGAAAUCACUGACAAAAAGAUCAAUGAAGACGCGUUAAAGUCCCGAGAAAGGAAGGCAAUUGCUCAAGUGAAGCAUUAUCUGCAGCAUAUAUUCGGUCAGCCUUAUGAUGUGAAUUAUUACGCAGGAGACUGGAUGUUGGGACCGAAUUUGUUUUGCUGGCAGGCAAUUUGCUACCAUGGAUAUGGUGUUUAUCAAGGCCUGGGAUCAUAUCACAAACCUUUCAAUGCAUCGGACGUGGAGCUCAUAGAAAAGAAACUCAAAACUCACAAAGCUGGUAUUUUACAAUACAUCGAGAACAUGAAGAUAGGAGUUCGCCGAGGAAUGGUCAGAAGUGUAGAAGAGUGCAAAGCUGGUAUUGACUCCAUCGAAUUGGUAUAUUCUGGCAUUUCUUUACACAACGCGACAGGCGUGCUGAACGAGUGGUUCGUUCAACCCCUGCUGGAUCCACUAUAUUACAGUAAUAUCACAGAAGUGACCGACAAGAAAUGGAAGGCAGAACACAAAGGAAAGAAUGUCAGCGAAACCGUCAAAGAAUAUCUGGUGAAAUAUCUUGGAGAGCCGCUCGAACAGAUGUUGAGAUACAUUGAGAAGGAACACUUUCGUCAUUGCGUUCCAAGCAAUGUAUCCAGCGGUUUAGCUUCCCUACCCCUGAAAUAUGUGUGGAUCGAUGGUAAAGAAAACAAGUCCUGGCCAACAGAACCAAACCUACCCACUGGUGAACCGCUGAAUGGAUCGCUGGCCUAUUCUAAAAUCAUGUCGUAUUUCACAACAAACAAAAUAACGCCAAUGGAAGUUCAUGAGCUUGGUAAAAAGCAGCUCGAUAUUCUCUAUCCCAUGGUCGUUGACGUUGCAAAGGAAGUCACUGGAGAGAAGGACAACCAAACCGCUGUGACGAAGUUCAGAGAAAGACUGAACUCUUCUGAGUUUUAUUUUAACUCAGAGCAAUUCCCGAAAAACGAGUCUGAUAAAGAAGCACACAGAAAAUGCAGCGAUAUUGAAGGAGCUAAGAAAUAUUGCCCUAAACGUUGGGCUGCCCUUCAGCUGUGGUUUGCUGAAGUAAGAAAGGUGAUGAGCUUCAUAGAGCCCAAGACCAUUCCACUGUUCUACUUCAACGGUGACAAAGCGACCACACCCACUUGUCCAGUUGAUUUAAUUCCGGAUUUGAACCCAUCCAGUGGAACUCAAAGUUAUUACUCUAGUACUCCAGAUUGCGAAAGAAGCGCAAAGUAUAGGAUUCCGUUUUUCCUGGAAAACUUUGGUCCACGGUACCAUGAAUGGAGCGUCAAUGCACACGAGGCGAGGCCUGGUCACCACACACAGGUUCAGGGUCACAUAGAACAUUUCCAAGACAGUUGUGGCGGUGUUAUAAGCUGGCUGGAUAGCAUCACCUACUACACAGCGUUUUCAGAGGGAUGGGCGUUGUACGCUGAGAAUCCGUUAAUCGCUCAAGAUACGGACACGUACGAGAACGAACCCCUCCAGAAGUAUGGAAUGCUUAAGUGGCAGGUGUGGAGAGCUCUUCGGCUGAUUGUGGACACUGGUUUACAUUACGUUGGAUUGUCUCGCGAUGAUGCCCUGGAAUAUUUCAAUAAAUAUGCAUGGGACGAUACAGACCUUGCAAAGAAAGAGGUGACUCGUUACCAGAGCGACCCAGGACAGGCGACCGCUUACAUGAUCGGUCAGUUGGAGAUUGCACGACUUAGGAACUAUUGCAAAGAUGCGCUGGGAGAUAAUUUCAGGUUGCCUGAAUUUCAUUAUCAGGUGUUGUCCCAGGGGUCAUCUCCACUAGCUUAUUUAUCUGAUCACGUGAAAAAGUAUGUGGCGUGCGUCAAGGAUAAAGGAAAGGAAGGCUGUGACUUCAUCCUUAAUCCACCAAAGAAAAGCAUGGACGAGUCAAAAGAUACUAAAAAAUCAGGACUCCACCGGGAAAAAAUACUGAGACCCUUUCCGCAUUAUUUGUAAUGUGCAAUUGUAUCCAAAGAUUUUUUGAAAUGAUUUUGAGCCAUAAACUAAUUGACUGAUUUUUAACUUUUGAUCCUCCUGAACAGUCAGUUGGCACAGUUUUUGGU